GGGGCGAGCCAAGCCAUGCAAGUGAAUGUGACUUGCAUGACUGACUCGCCUCAUGACAAGACUUCAUGUUCUCCGUCUGUGCCAACUGAUGCAACCCCGAAGUAUUCGCUCGAUAUUGAUAAGCAUAACCUAAGAUGCCAGUCGUGGUGGCAGAAAAGCUUGUGAAGCUGCAACAGAAGGGCGAAGGCAUCAGAAACCUAAUGUAUGCUAGAUCUGUAUAUUGGCUCACGUCGUAAGCACUACAUCUCAUGGAGCGAGAACGUCCAUUGAUCUAUUGCCUUAGGACCAUGGAAAGACCUCCUUGACGGACGCUCUGAUUGCCACCAAUGGAAUCAUCUCACCCAAGCUGGCGGGCAAGAUCCGUUACCUGGACUCAAGACCAGAUGAACAACUGCGAGGUAUUACCAUGGAAUCGUCUGCCAUCUCAUUGUACUUCUCACUGUUACGACGGAGCGCACCAGAAGCCCAGCCGGAGCAGAAGGAAUUCUUGAUUAACCUGAUUGACUCACCGGGCCACAUUGACUUCAGCUCUGAGGUAUCCACAGCGUCACGGUUGUGCGAUGGUGCACUUGUUUUGGUGGAUGCUGUCGAAGGUGUCUGCUCACAGACUGUGACAGUCUUGCGGCAGACGUGGACGGAGAAGCUGAAGCCUUUGCUCAUCAUCAACAAGAUGGAUCGCUUAAUCACGGAACUAAAGCUGAGCCCUAGCGAAGCAUACACGCAUCUCAGCAAGUUGCUCGAGCAGGUCAACGCUGUCAUGGGCAGCUUUGCGCUUGGCGAGCGUAUGGAAGAUGACCUUCGGUGGCGGGAGCGCAUUGAUGAAAAGGUCAGCGCUGCUGUUGCAGCCCGGGAUCAAUCAGACGCGGAUGUCGCUAACGGCGGGCCCAGAGGUCGGGCCGCCAGCCUUGCUGAGGAUGAGGAAGGCUUGGUCACCUCGAGCACUCCUGCAGAGUAUGAGGAAAAAGAGGAUGAAGACAUCUACUUCGAACCGGAGCGUAACAACGUGAUAUUCAGCUCCGCAAUCGAUGGAUGGGCGUUCACUCCUCGGCAGUUUGCAGGCUUGUACGAAAAGAAGCUUGGCAUCAAGCGACACGUCCUAGAGAAGGUGCUCUGGGGUGACUUCUACCUCGACCCGAAGACGAAGCGUGUGCUAGGUCCUAAGCACCUGAAAGGAAGACAUCUGAAGCCCAUGUUCGUGCAGCUGGUCCUGGAACAGAUCUGGGCUGCCUACGAAGCCACGAUGGGCGGACCCAACAACAGGGGCGACCCAGCGCUGGUAGAUAAGAUUACAAAGAGCCUCAACAUCAGCAUACCAGCACACAUCAUGCGGUCGAAAGAUCCGAAGGCUUUGUUAAGUGCUGUGUUCGCCGCGUGGCUACCACUCUCGACAGCGGUGCUUGUAUCCGUGACGGAGCAGCUACCGAGUCCAUCCGCUGCGCAAGCAACACGAAUACCUGCCUUGUUGGCAGCGUCUCCAGGCAGCGACCAUAUCGAGGGCAAGGUCAGAGAUGCCAUGAUUCAUUCGAACGCUAAGCUUGGCGAGCCGGUUGUGGCAUACGUGAGUAAGAUGAUCUCAAUACCGGAAAGCGAACUACCAGCGAACAAGCGACGAGGCGGCAUGCUCAGUGCGGAGGAAGCCAGAGAGUUAGGUCGCAAGAAGCGAGCUGAAAUCGCAAGGGCGCAAGCGCAAGCUAACGGUGAGGCCGAAUUAGCCUCUGUCACGGAUGCAUUGAGCACUGCCGCGAUAGGAGAUGAGAGUGAGGUCAAUGGCGGCAAUGACGAGUCGGAGCAGAAGGAGGAUCCUGAGCACCUGAUAGGCUUCGCUCGCCUACUCUCCGGUACGCUCACGGUAGGUGACGAGGUAUAUGUCCUGCCGCCAAAGUUCACCCCAGCGAGACCGCACGCGCACCCGUUACCGAGAAAGGUCACCAUUACCGCGCUGUACCUGCUGAUGGGCCGGAGUUUGGAGUCGCUCAACUCGGUUCCUGCAGGAAACGUCGUCGGUAUCGCGGGCCUGGAAGGCGCCAUACUCAAGUCGGGUACAAUAUGCUCGCAACUAGACGGUGCGCCGAACCUAUCAUCUACGACGGCCAUCUCCACCAAUGCGCCGAUCGUGCGGGUGGCACUCGAACCGGCGUACCCUGGGGACCUGAAUAAGAUGAUCCAAGGUCUUCGUCUGCUUGAGCAAGCCGAUCCUGCGGUGGCAUACGAGCAGUUGGAGAGCGGCGAACAUGUCAUUCUUACAGCCGGCGAACUACACCUUGAGCGGUGCCUCAAGGACCUCAGGGAGCGUUUCGCGAAAUGCGACAUCCAAGCCGGCGAAGCCAUCGUCCCGUAUCGGGAGAGCAUAGUCAAGGCUGAAGAGAUGAACCCACCGAGGGAUCCAGCGCUUGGUAGGGGCACGGUGGAGGGUAUGACUGUUAGCAAACAGAUCACCAUCAAGCUACGCGUCAGGCCGUUGCCAGCGCCAGUAACGGAGUUUCUGGUCAAGCAUACUGGCGCCGUCAAGCGAUUGUACUCGGAACGGAAAGCACAGGAGGAGGAACGAAGCACCAGCGGUGGUGCGAAUGGCGGUGAUCAUGGUGACGAGCCGGAAGAGGUCGGCGAGCAGGAAGUCGAGGCUGAGGAUACUACAGCAGAAGGCGGCCAGAACCUGUCCAUGUCUGAGUUCCGGCAAAAGCUGGCUGACGCCUUUGCGGAAGAGAAGGGGGAGAAGGACGUAUGGAAGGGUGUCGUUGAACAUAUAGCCGCCUUCGGCCCACGGCGUGUAGGGCCUAACAUACUGAUUGACAUGACAGAGGGCGCAGCGUGCGGGAGAUUCUUGCGCGAACACCACGAAGCAUUGCCGGAUCAGCACACUGAUACCGCGAAACACACGGCUACCUUCGCUGACAAGGUGACGUACGCUUUCCAGCUCGCCACUUAUCAGGGACCGCUGUGUAACGAGCCCAUGCAAGGCGUCGCCGUCUUUCUCGACGAAAUCUGCAUUAACGCCUCGGACGAAGAAGCUGCGCAAAACAUGGGUCGCCUCACUGGCGAGAUCAUACGGACGACACGGGAAAGUAUUCGGCAUGGCUUCCUCGACUGGUCGCCUCGCAUACUACUGGCUAUGUACAGCUGCGAGAUUCAAGCAUCCGCGGAAGUGCUGGGCCGCGUGUACGGUGUCAUUAGCCGGCGUGGUGGACGCAUUGUGUCAGAGUCGCUGCUUGAGCCGAGCACAAACUUCACAAUCCUAGCGCUGCUGCCGGUGGCGGAGUCAUUCGGCUUCAGCGAUGAGAUCCGGCAAAGAACUUCUGGCUUCGCGGCGCCGCAGCUGGUAUUUGAGGGGUUUGAGAUGCUGGACGAGGAUCCCUUUUGGGUGCCGACUACUGAGGAGGAGCUGGAAGACCUAGGUGAGAAGGCGGAUAAGGAGAAUGUCGCGAGGCGCUAUGUGGACAAAGUGCGGGAGCGGAAAGGCUUGACGGUCAAGAGGAAGGUUGUGGAGAGUGCUGAGAAGCAGAAGACACUGAAACGGUAACCAACGCAAUGUUUCUUCAGGAUCGAGGAGCAUGCUGGCUCCCGUUAAUACAACAGCUCUCUUACUCGGUGCCUGCCUGUUCAAGGAAGACAGCUCCCAUGCUUCUGUUCGCUACGAAAGCGUUCCAUAACUGAGUAGUCCGCCAAAGUUUCCACGCCACCCAGUUGCGGCUCGUGACAACGUUAUAACGACAAGACAUAGGCAUGUCGCACCUCAUUAGCCACUAACCAACACAUCCACCGUCUCAACCGUCACCGAUCGAUCCUUCGUCUCAAUCAAUCACCCAUGAUGAACGAGCAUACCUCCUCGUGCAAGUCCGCCGCGGU